UAGUAACCAUCGAGAGAGAUAUCGUUGACAUCCCUAGUUGACGCAUGACUUGACAGUCUUUUGCAAAUGGACGUUGUAGUGUGAAGUACUGUUCCGCGUACAAAUUAAGUUUUUCCUAUAAAAAAGUGCUUUUCCAGUGCCAAUUUAUAGCAAAAAGGCAUGUCUGACAAUUGGGGAGACGACUCGGUAGUGGCUGCGGCCCCAAAAAUCGCCGAGCUACCCGAAAUUAAACUUUUCGCCAAGUGGAACUGCGACGACGUCCAGGUUUCCGAUAUGUCACUGCAGGACUAUAUUGCAGUGAAAGAGAAAAAUGCCAAAUAUCUGCCUCACUCUGCGGGUCGUUAUGCGGCCAAACGUUUCCGUAAAGCCCAGUGCCCCAUUGUGGAACGUUUAACGAAUUCUUUAAUGAUGCACGGCAGGAAUAAUGGUAAGAAAUUGAUGGCUGUGCGUAUUGUUAAACACGCCUUCGAGAUUAUCCAUUUGCUCACUGGUGAAAACCCAUUACAGAUUUUGGUCACUGCCAUCAUAAACUCUGGUCCUCGUGAGGAUUCAACUCGUAUUGGUAGGGCUGGUACUGUUAGGAGACAGGCUGUAGAUGUGUCUCCCUUAAGGAGGGUCAAUCAGGCCAUUUGGCUGUUGUGUACUGGAGCCCGUGAGGCUGCCUUUAGAAAUAUCAAAACUAUUGCGGAAUGUUUGGCGGAUGAGUUAAUAAAUGCCGCUAAGGGGUCUUCAAACUCUUAUGCCAUCAAGAAGAAGGACGAAUUGGAAAGGGUCGCCAAGUCUAACCGUUAGGAUUUUAAUUAUGUAAAGAGAUCUGUAGGGAUUACAGAGAUCAUCAGGAAAAAUAUAAAUAAACUGUUUUUUUAAAAA